AUGGGAUCAUCCCAGAGAGUACGAAGACGAGUGGUGUCUUGCGCCAGAUGUCGGAAACGAAAGAUCAUGUGCGAUGCCCAAGCACCGUCCUGCUCGGUGUGCAUGGCUGCUGGAGUGCCAUGCGUUUCGUUGGACACGGCUACGAAUUCGACUGCCCCUCGCAGCAUUGCUCGAUACCUGGAAGGACGCAUUGCAGACCUUGAAAGACAGCGUGGCAACAUGCUACGAUCGAAAUCACGCUCAAUUAGUUCGACGAGCAUUCAGGACCACCCGAAGAUCGAGGCGGAAACGCUUUCGUCAGCACCCAUAUGGGACACAGCGGUGAACUAUGCCCUCCACGACAUCACGCCAUCUUUCCUAGGUCUCACCGAGACAAUCCAGCUGCCAGGAUGUGCGGCGGCACCUACUCAGAUCCCAUCUGCAAAGAAGUCUUUUGGCCUAACAGACUUGGACGAAAAUCACCCGCGGUCGAUCUUGAACCAACACCCCUCGAAUCUGUCGCUGACUUCAGUUCCGAGACGAGUGGCCGAGUUUCUGUUUGGCAUAUAUAUGAGCCGAAUCAUUCAUCAAUACCCUAUUUAUCACUCCCAAGAUGCCAUUCAGGCUUUCAACGCGGUCUUCGGCAGUCAGCUGUCGGCCUCACCACUUGACACCCAGCCGAAAGCUCGAGACGUGUACAUGGUCAGUCUCAUUAUGGCCAUAUCACUAUCCACCGCCGCACGCAACAAGCAGGCAAGAGCACAAUCACUGGGCACCGGCCUCUUCCGUAACGCCAUGCUUUAUGUCCCGGAGGUACUCUCCAAUGACCUGUCCGGACUCCAGGCCCUCCUGUUGCUGAUCCAGUAUACGUUCCUGAAUCCCACGGUCGCCAACCUGUGGCUUCUCACGGGCAUGUCAAGCGAGGCUUGCAUUGAUCUAGGUCUUCACCGAGAGCUUCCUGAGAGUGCCGAAAUUGAUGUCCUCGAGAGGGACCUACGUCGGCGCAUCUUCUGGUGCGCUUGGGAGAUGGAAGUGGCGGUCUCCGCUGGAUUGUAUAGGCCAGUCCGGACGCACAACAAAGUCAUCAGUGUGUCAUUUCCAGCCGAAUAUGAAGACUCUGGCAUCAUGCGCGACCGCAUCGAUACGAACGUACCGCGUGCUAAGUUCGUGUCUUGCCGGAUUUGGCGUUUUCGGCGCGUCGAGUGUGACAUUAUGUCAAUUCUCUAUCAGCACGAGACACUGCCGCCCGAAUGCCCGUCUCUAGACGCGUGGUUGCUGAGGACGGAGGAGGAGAUCCGAAGCUGGAAUGAGGAGGUCCAUCGGACAGCACCAUUGAACCAGGAUCCGGCCAUCAAGUCGCAAUGGGACGAGAUGGAGUUAUACGCUGACAUCGCCUACAAUUACAUCCUUGUUUUACUGUUCCGCCCCUGUCCGAGACUGAAGACACCGAGCCGGCAGAACCUAAUGAAAGCUUUUACUGCUAGUGUUGAGGUGGCCACGGGAUACUGGCGGCAAGCAAACACGGAAUUUGGCUACAUGAAAUACGUCUUUCACCCUUGCCACCACACAUUCUCGUCCGCUGUGGCUUUUCUCCAGGCAUUGCAAUAUUGUAGGACCGAGAUCGCCGAUUCUUACACAACCGAGGAGGUGGAAGAAUUCAUGGAAUGUUUCUCGCGAUUCUUUUCGACCAUUUCCGAGCGCUGGCCGGCUGCUACGCAAUGCUUGCACGAAUACGAACGACUUCUAGGCCCAAUCAAGCAGGACUAUUACGACUUUCUCCUACAGCGCAAGCAGAGCACAGCACAGAUUGAUCUGUUGCAAGACGAUUCCAUCGACGAGUACCUUGACGGUACGACCGAUCUUCGGGAUCCGUUCGAAGUCUGGCCUGUUUUCAACCCGCUUUUCGGCAUGAACGGCACUGAUAACUUUGAUGCUUACUCAUAUUUGCCCUACGACUGGAACGCAGAAUUUGGAUUUGGCAUGGAUUUGACACUUUCGAAUAAUGAAACUUGA